AUGGCACUACCAUUUCUUCCCGGAUAUAGUUUUAAUAGAAAUAUUGGGAAAGAAAAGUUCCACAAAUCACAUUACCUGAAACUGGAAGGCGAUGAAGCCUAUAUGCAUGGCGAUGACAAGCCAGGGAUUGGCGGAGUAAAGCUACCAGGACAAAGAAUCGAUGCACCAACUAGCGUCUAUCCAUCUGGAAUCGGUAUUCAGUUCCCCGCAUGGCUGGCGUUUGAUAAACAGGCCUUAUCUUUGAUGCUUAUUUCCAAGAGUCCGUUAAUGAAAGACGUGAAGAACAAUAUCGUAUUAGAAAAUGUAAAAUCUUAUUUUACCCAGAGGAUGACACUAUACAAGGUCGUUGAGCCACGUAUAGCAAACACUGGAAUGGCUCAGGGGACAAUUAUUAAACGGCACCGUAUUUCCAAACCUGUACCAAAUGAACAUCUCUAUUAUACUGUGCAUGAUUUCAAUGUGGGAGCAGAGUUUGUAGCUUAUGGUAAAACAUUUCGAAUUGUUUCUUGUGAUCAAUUUACAUCAAAUUUUUUACGUAAACUUGGUAUAAAAUUAGGUAAACCAGAAUCAAUACCAGAUGAUCCUUACAGUAUUCAUCGUAAAGCUUUUACUGAGAGUAUGCAACCACUUAGACCAUAUGAAAGAAUGGAUAAACUUCGUCAAUUUCUUGAUCAUGAUCGUCAUGUGUUGAGAUUUUUCUGUUUUUGGGAUGAUACAGAAUCACUUUAUGGUGAUCCUAGAGAAAUGAUAUUAAAUUAUUUUCUAGCCGAUGAUACAAUUGAAAUACGUGAAAUUAUACCAGCUAAUUCAGGUCGUGAUGCUGUACCAUGCUUUUUACGCCGUCAAAAACUACCACGUACAAUUGCAUCAAUACCGCUGCCGGGUGUAGUAACUGACAGAACAUUAUUAAAUGUAUUCGGUCAUCCACAAAGAGGUGGACAUUAUAUACUUGAUAGUCUAAAGCUUGGUGCACCUAAAGAUGACUUUACAAAGAUCAUGAUUUAA